AUGGUGGUCCGAAGCUCUUACUGGCCACGAUACGUCAGCGAUUCUGGCCACUACAGGGAACUGAACACCGCACGCAGAGUUGUGCGCAAAUGCAUCACCUGUUUCCGAUGCCAGCCUCGACAAUCGCAACAAAUCAUGGCACCCUUACUGUCAGUGCGCAUCACUCCAGCUCGAGAAUUCUCCCAUUCGGGUAUGGAUUACUGUGGGCCGUACCUCGUUCGUCCGUUAAGUGGAAGGGAAGCGUCGGUGAAAAUCUACGUUGCUUUAUUCGUAUGCUUGGUGGUGAAGGCCGUGCACCUUGAAGUCGUCUCCGAUUUGUCGUCCGCCGCGUGCAUGAACGCCGUCAAACGCUUCGUCGCUCGUCGCGGUCGCGUUCUACAGUUGCACAGCGAUAAUGCAACUGCGUUCGUCGGCGUGGAUCGCGAAUUGAAGGCUUUGCGACAGGAGUAUUUAAGGCAGAUCCGGAAGAAAGAAUGGGACGACUAUUGCUCGGAGAAUAGCAUCACCUUCUGCUUCAUACCUGCCCGCUCUCCACAUUUCGGAGGAAUUUGGGAGGCAGGAAUAAAAUCAUUCAAACAUAAUUUUCGUCGAAUAAUUGGACAGAAGUCAUUUACUAUGGACCAAUUGCUAACCAUCGUAGUUCAAAUUCAGGCUAUACUCAAUACUCGCCCACUUUCGCCGAUUUCCGAAUCUCCAGAUGACCUCUCCGCCCUUACCCCCGGUCAUUUCCUGAUUGGAGAGCCUCUACUAUCUGUGUGA